AUGACGGACAGAAGCCCGUUCGAAACGGACAUGCUCACCCUCACCCGCUAUGUCAUGGAAAGGGGCCGCCAGGCCAAAGGGACGGGGGAGCUGACCCAGCUGCUGAACUCCAUGCUGACGGCCAUCAAGGCUAUCUCCUCUGCCGUGCGCAAAGCUGGCCUGGCCAACCUAUACGGAAUUGCUGGAAGCAUGAAUGUGACUGGAGAUGAGGUGAAGAAACUGGACGUGUUAUCCAAUUCCCUAGUGACCAACAUGCUGCAGUCUUCCUACAGCACCUGCGUCCUGGUCUCGGAAGAGAAUAAAGAGGCUAUUAUCACAGCCAAGGAAAAGAGGGGCAAAUAUGUGGUCUGCUUUGACCCGCUGGAUGGCUCGUCCAACAUCGACUGCUUGGCUUCCAUUGGAACCAUAUUUGCUAUCUACAGAAAGACCACGGAGAGCGAGCCUUCCGAGAAGGAUGCCCUGCAGCCUGGCCGCAAUAUCGUGGCUGCCGGCUACGCGCUCUACGGCAGUGCAACCCUGGUGGCUCUGUCCACGGGGCAAGGAGUGGACCUCUUCAUGCUUGACCCGGCUCUCGGUGAAUUUGUCCUGGUAGAAAAAGAUGUCAAGAUUAAGAAGAAAGGAAAGAUUUACAGCCUCAAUGAGGGCUAUGCCAAGUAUUUUGACUCUGCCACUACUGAAUAUGUGCAGAAAAAGAAAUUUCCUGAGGAUGGCAGUGCUCCCUAUGGUGCCAGGUACGUGGGCUCCAUGGUGGCCGAUGUGCACCGCACGCUGGUGUACGGAGGCAUCUUCAUGUACCCGGCCAACCAGAAGAGUCCCAAGGGCAAGCUCCGGCUCCUGUAUGAGUGCAACCCCAUGGCCUUCAUCAUCGAGCAAGCGGGUGGCUUGGCCACCACGGGCACCCAGCCAGUACUGGACGUGAAGCCCGAAACCAUUCACCAGCAAGUCCCCCUCAUCCUGGGGUCCCCGGAUGACGUGCAAGAGUACCUCACCUGUGUACAGAAAAACCAGGCAGGCAGUUAG